AUGUUUCGACGAACCGCUCUCCUCGCUCUUGCAGCGCUGCUCCCCUCCUCCCUGGCCCAGGUCUCUGAGGAUUUCGAGUCCGGAUGGGACCAGACAGCAUGGCCUACCUAUGCGCCUGACUGCAACCAGGGUGGUACAGUCACUCUGGACAGCACCAAGGCCCACAGUGGCACGAACUCCAUCAGGGUCAACGGUGCCGGUGGUUUCUGCGGGCACAUCUUCUUCGGCACGACAGCGGUGCCCACCGGCGAUGUCUACGUUAGAGUGUAUCUCCAGGCACAAACCGCCCUGACAUCCUCCCACGUCUCCUUCAUCACCAUGCCCGACUCCAACCAGGGCACCGAUAAGCACCUGCGCAUCGGUGGCCAGAGCGGGAUCCUGAUGUACAACCGCGAGUCCGACGACGCCACGCUCCCCGCCCUGUCCCCGAAUGGCAUCGCUGCCUCGGAGGCCCUUCCCACCGGGACGUGGGAGUGCUUCGAGUACCACCUGAGCACCAACGGCUCCAUCGAGACGUGGCUGAACGGGGACGCCAUCGCUGGACUGACAAGCAUCAAGGGUGUCACGAACGAAUACAAUACCCAGUGGCAGAGCAACACCGAGAUUCCCAGCGUUACCGGUAUCUACUUUGGCUGGGAGUCGUACGGCGGCGACGUGAACACCUUCUGGUACGAUGAUAUCGCCGUGGCCUCGACCCGUGUGGGCUGCCUCUGA